GCGUUUCGACUGUGCUUUUCAACGAUUUCUUGGACAUAAGAAGUUCUACUGCCUCUUGGGUGAGGGCAUCCAACGGGCUGCUGCAAAUUUUCUGGAAUUUUCGGUCAAGUUCAAUGAUGCGCGGGUCAAAGAAGGGAGAAAGCGUCUUGGAAGCAAGCAGGAAA